CCUCGCGCGAUACACAACUUCAGACACGCUCUGCUGAGCAACAAAGCAUAGCGACACCAUGGACGGGUUUCAAGAGGUAGACGCGGAGUAUGAGGAUCGGAUGCGCACGUUCGAGAGCGACUGCAACGGCGGCAAGGGGAACGCGGUCGCGUGCCACCAGGUGGGCGAGUACCUUUCGGUGGUGAAGAACGACUUCGACAAGGCCGGAAGGAUCUUCGAGGCGAACUGCAACACCCGCAACCACGCGCCGUCGUGCUUCAACCUCGGGCGAUUCUUACUCGCCGGCAAAGGGUUGCCGCAGUCGGACGCGCAAGCCGAGAAAGUUUUUGAUUCGGCGUGCUCGAAGGACCAUCAGCCGGCAUGCUUGCACCUGGGCUUCAUGCACUUGUACGGCGGAGAGGGGUUCAAAAGGGACAUCAAGAAGGCAAUAGAGGUUCUCGACACGUCCUGCAGCGGCGGCCUGGCGGACUCCUGCAACAUGCUGGCGAAGCAGCUCCUCCGCCACGACGGCAAAGGGCCGGUGCCAAGAGACCCCCCCCGGGCCAGGGAGCUACUGGAGAAGGGCUGCUCGCACAACCACGGACCGUCGUGCUUCAACCUCACGGUCAUGCUCAAGAAGGGGGACGAGGGGGUGCCUAGCGACUACAAGAAGUACAGAGAGUACAGGGAGAAGACAGAGAGCCUCGCGGCGCAACUCCAGGGCCUCGACGGCAAUAAACAGGCGUAGAGGCACGUACCGAAGCGUUACGAUGAAUGCCUUGUACAACUCGUGGUAUGGUGCUGUGCCACCGCCCGCGUUAAGUUGGCUGGUUACUCUUUUUGUUGUAUCAGGCAUGGAUGGUUCUCCUGGGAUUUGGGCGGGCGCGCGGCACUGUAAGUUGCUCGUUUGCGAGCGCUUCGUAUCCGCGCACUCGCGCGGUACAUUCUGUUGGAUUUUGCCAGCACAGGAGUAUGCACACUCUCAUCGCUACGUGUCCGUUCACGGCUUUGUUUUGUCUAGAUGGUAGCGGCGCGGUAUGCGUAGAGUGAUAACACUACCAAGGAAUUCCGAACAUAACUGCUAUUUAGACUUGAAGGUCUAGCUUUGCACUUCAAUAGGAGAGCUGCAUGUUGUUACCGAUGACAACAUGUUGCGUUUCGGCUGGCCCCAUGGAAGCUCAACGUUAACCUAAAGACAUCCAUUCGGGCAACACGCGGGGCCUGCUGUAUGUGCUUAAUUUUGAUGCGCUUUGAUUUUGGUACGAGGGUCCCCUGUGCCCACGCUCUCUCCCCGGCUUCAAGGCUUCUUCACUGCCUGCCGAAUUGAUUGUUGGGGGGGAACACACCCAUGCACCCAUUUUUGGGAGUGAGACGAACAAAUGUAGGAGCAGAUCGACUUUCUCAAACGAGUUUCCGCAGGGGAGUCUAUGGA